AUGUCGUGGAACGUGCGCGGUUUAGGCAAUCCGGACAAAUGUGUAACGGUUAAAGAUGCUAUUCUGAAUGCAAAACCUUCUAUUAUCUGUCUUCAAGAAACAAAGCUUUCUGACAUUAUUUCUUUCAAAGCAAAAACUUUCCUUCCUCCAGCUCUCGCCUCGUCUUAUACUUUUGUACCCUCUGUUGGAUCCCGUGGUGGUCUCUGCACUGCCUGGGAUUCCUCGGCUUUUACCUCCACAAAUGAUGAGCAGCGCCUUUACACCCAAACUGUAACCUUCCAUUCUACUAUCUCUGACAUCACCCUCACCAUAACUAAUGUCUACGCCCCCUCUGAUCACUGUCACACUCCUGCUUUCCUGUCUGAGCUUUCUGAAAUUGCCGACUCAAUCUCUGGCCCUUGGGUUUUAAUUGGCGACUUUAACCUUAUUAGAACCCGGGAUGACAAAAACAACAACAAUUUCAAUAGAGCUUUAGCAGAUUCCUUCAAUGACACUAUACAUGCUUUAGCUAUCUCUGAAUUCCACCUUUCUAAUCGUCUCUACACCUGGACUAAUCUUCAGCCCACGCCUAUCCUGGCUAGGCUGGACCGAGCCUUUGCCAACCUAGAACACUGCCACAACUUCCCUGACUCUACCCUUUACUGCCUUCCCCGACCAACCUCGGAUCACACUCCGUUAAUGCUAUCAAUGUCCACUACUAUCCCAAAAACUAACAUUUUUCGUUUUGAGAGAUCCUGGCUUCACAACAAUACUCUUAUGCCAUCUAUUCUCCCGGUUUGGAUUAAUGCCCCUCGUUGCUUGGAUAUGGCCGGGCAGCUGGCGGUUAGCAUCAAAUCGACGCGCUUGGCGGCUAAGGCUUGGAACCGGCGUAACAGGGCGCCACCAUCCCUAAUCCCAAACUGCAAGUUCAUUAUCCAGUUAUUUGAUUCUUUCGAGGAGGAACGCAACCUUUCCUGUCAUGAGUUUCAGGUUAGGAAACUAUGCCAGGAUCGGUUAGCCUGGGCUCUCAAAGAACGAGCAACUUAUUGGAAACAGCGAAGCAAACACAAAGCAAUCAGAGAAUGUGACGAAAACACUGCUUUCCAUCAUACCCAGGCCACCAUGCGCCGAAGAAACAACAACAUUCGGCUAAUCGAGGUGGAUGGAGUACAGAUUACCAAUCAUGAAGGCAAGGUCAAUGCUCUUACAAAUUACUUUAAAGAAAUAAUUGGACAGCCAGGAACCUCAACCUUUCAGUUCAAUGUCCAUGAUCUGUUCUCAGAAAGCCCAAGGCCUUCUGAUUCCCUUAUUGACAGAUUUACUGAGUCUGAAGCAAAAGAAGCGCUUUUCUCUAUGAACUGCAACAGUGCUCCGGGGCCGGAUGGUUUUGGUCCUGCAUUCUAUCGGGCAGCCUGGAACACAGUCAAGAGUGAUGUUAUGAAUUUCCUGAAUGCUUUUCAUGGGGGUCAGGUGGACUUGGAUAGGAUUAAUAGAUCAUACAUGGUGCUCAUUCUGAAGAAGCCCGGUGUCUGUUCUGUUGAUGCCUUCAGACCGAUAGCUUUGCAAAAUUGCAGUGUCAAAAUUCUAGCAAAAAUCCUUACUCGUAGACUUCAGAGACAAAUUCACGAUCUAAUUGAUCUCAAUCAGACAGGCUUCAUCAGGGGCAGAUCAAUCUCUGAAGGUUUUGUGUAUGCAACUGAGCUAGUGCAACUUUGUCACAAAAGGAAGCUACCGACCCUUGUGCUCAAAUUAGACUUUGCUAAAGCUUUCGACACAGUGAACUGGCUGGGUCUGCACUGUGUACUACAGGCCAGAGGAUUCAGUGUUAGGUGGAUCAAUUGGAUUUCUGAAAUUUUAUCGUCCUCCAAGUCUGCAGUGAUUGUAAAUGGUUGUCCUGGAAAUUGGAUUGACUGCAAGCGUGGACUUCGCCAGGGUGAUCCUUUAUCACCAUACCUCUUCCUCCUGGUGGCAGAAACACUUCAAAAAAUGAUUCAGCAGGCUGCGGACAUUAUUCUUCACCCUGUGGAUAACCUCCAACCGGCUGCUGUCCUUCAGCGGGAAGGCUUCCCUCAAACAUACCUUGGCCUGCCUCUUUCGAUUCACAAGCUUUCGUUGACGUCCUUCACCCCAUACAUUUGCAAAGCUGACCGGUACCUAGCUUCCUGGCAAGCGAGCUUACUGAAUACUAUGGGGCGUGUGGUGCUGGUCAAUUCGGUACUGGAUAGUCAACUCAACUACCUGAUGAGUGCUCUUGCUCUCCCUCCGGGAGUCAUCAAGCAGGUAGAUAAGCAAAGACGGGUUUUCAUGUGGGGUGGCAACCAGGAAAUGUCAGUUGCGCAGUGCCUUGUCGCAUGGAAAAAAGUUUGCACAGCCAAGGAUCACGGGGGCCUGGGAACCAAAGAUCUUGGCGCGCAGAAUAUCUGUCUGCUGCUCAAAUUAAUUCACAGGCUACAUACUGCGACUUCAUCCGCUUGGGCUUCCUGGGUACGGCAACGAGCGUGCCUGGCCACUUUGCAAGGGGAUCUCCAUGGACAGCACUGGGAAGUUCUAUGGUCUUUACUCCCUUUGUAUCAAGCAAUAACAACGGUGGACCUUGGAAAUGGUAGCAGUACUUCCUUCUGGUUUGAUGUCUGGUGUGGAGAAGAUGCCCUUGCCGAUCGUUUCCCCACCCUCCUCAGUCACUGUACCCUAAAAGAUGCCACGGUGGCUGCGGCAGUCGCUUCGCAGCUCAUUGGGGCCUUUGUCCUCCGGUUGUCUCCCCAGGCAAACAACGAACUUUUGGCUGUCAGGGAGAUCAUAGACAACACCACUCUCAGUACCUGUAAUGACAAAAGACUGUCCCCCUUCUGUCUCGGAUUGGGUAAAUUGGAUACUUCAGGAAUUUACAGGCUGAUCAAGUCCCAAAGCUCGUCAAGGGACGAGGCCUCAACCUUCAUCUAG